UUCAACGUAGGUCAGUAGCUCUAGCCUGUGUGGCUUACAUUCCACAUUCUCGAUUGUUUUAUAUAUAUUUUUUAAUUUGCAUAACUCGCAAAAUCGCAAAUUACAAACUAGCGGACAGGUCUCAACUUGGACAGGCCUGGCUUACGCGGCCAGACGGAGGAGCGCGCGCAGGUUAACGGAUGGAUCCGGAGGAGAGCCACGAGUCCUUACGGCUACAGAACGAUAAACUGAGGCAGGAGAAUGACGACCUGAAGCUGAUGCUGGGACUGAUGAAGGAGAACCAGAGCCUCCGGUCCAAACUCUUCGGCACUGACGUGUCCAUUGAUCACGGUCCAUUAGAGGUGAAGAGCAGCGGGGUGACGUGGGACGACACGCUAGACGAGGGCACCUUUACUAGUGAGCUCCUGAAGGGGCCGCUCAGAACCUCGUCUCCCUUGGAGAUCACCGCAGCCAGGAAGUCCGUGCUGAAGAGCGCGCGCCUGGACGAGGACCAGCAGGACCGCUAUGUGCAGCAUGUCAAAGACCCAGAGCGGCUGGUGGGGGAGAUAGCGUUCCAGCUGGACCGCAGGAUUCUUGCUCACGUGUUCCAGACGCAGCACCGGCUCUACGGCUUCACCGUGCUGAACAUCCGCCACAAGAUCAGACAGGUGUGCACACACCCUGUGACGGGUGAAGUGGACGAGGGCCUCCUGGCCCAGGUGACGGAUCGCUGGGUGGAGGUUAUGGAGCGUCUGGGCAGGAUUGGCUACAACGCCCAGGUCCACCCCUCCUUCACCGAGCUCAUCGUCAACACCUACGGCAUCCUGCGCCAGCGGCCCGACCCCCACCGCGCCCGGCGCGACGGCUACGGCAGCCCGGAGGACCUGCGGCGCCUGGUGGUCAACACCGUCCCCGCCCGGCUGCUGAAGGGCGUGCUCCUGCUGCACACCUGUCUCUGCUACCUGGCCCACCAGGACGGGAAGCCCCUCUUCCUGUGGUAGACACGCCUCUUCCUGUGGUAGACACGCCUCUUCCCGUGGUAGACACGCCUCACGACCCCUGUUCUUACACACACUCUCUUGCUCUCUCACACACACUCCCUCAUCCACUCCGUCUUCCCCACGUGUCUCAGGUCACACAGGCAGGUGGGGGCUGGCUGGAGGAGGAACAGUACUGUGAAUAAAUACUGAUUGAUAAAUAUU